AUGUGGGAGCGGAGCCUGGUGCUGUCCGCCCCGGGCAAGGCGAUCCUCCACGGGGAGCACGCCGUGGUGCACGGCAAGGUGGCUUUGGCUGUGGCGCUGGACCUCAGGACCUUCCUCCGGCUGAGGCCCUGCGGGGAGGGCAAGAUCCGUGUCCGUCUGCCCGGUGUCGGUGUUGAGAGGAGCUGGGACACCCUUCGCCUCCAGGCUCUGCGCAAAGGGUUUGCAGCUGACUUUGAUGGCUCUAAGUCCCCCAGCAUAGAGCAGCUGGAGACACUGAGAGAGUUUGCUGGAAUUGCUGCCAGAACCUCAGCUCCUGAAAACCUUGCUACUCUUGCCUUUCUUUAUAUGUACCUGGCUAUUUCAGCUAAGCAUGGAGAUGUUCCAAACCUGGACAUAGUGGUGUGGUCCCAGCUGCCCACUGGAGCAGGGCUGGGUUCCAGUGCUGCCUAUGCUGUCUGCUUGGCUGCAGCCCUGCUGACAGCCUGUGGAGCCAUCUCCUGCCCUCUGAAGGAGGGAGAGUCCACAGCCAGGUGGACAGAAGAAGAGCUGGCUCUGAUCAACACCUGGGCCUUCCAGGGGGAGCGAGUGAUCCACGGCACCCCCUCGGGCGUGGACAACGCCGUGGCUACCUGGGGUGGAGCCCUGCGAUACCAAUCAGGCAAAAUCACACCCUUAAAGAGGGUGCCAAUGCUGAGGAUCUUGCUGACCAACACAAGAGUCCCUCGAAGCACCAAGGUCCUGGUGGCUGGUGUCAAGGAGAAGCUCCUGAAGUUCCCUGCCAUAAUGCAGCCAGUGCUGGACUCCAUCGAUGCCAUUUCUCAGGAGUGCCAAAGUCUUCUGGAGGCAAUGCCUGCAAAUCCAUCACCAGAGGAUUACCCUCUGCUGGAGGAGCUCUUUGACAUCAACCAGCACCACCUGAACGUCAUUGGAGUCGGCCACCCCUCCCUGGACAGGCUGUGCCAGGUGACAGCAUCCCAUGGGCUGCACAGCAAACUGACAGGGGCUGGUGGGGGUGGCUGUGGCAUCACCCUGCUGAGACCAGACACCUCCCUGCUGGCUGUGGAAGCAGCCAAGGAAGACUUGUGUGCCUGUGGAUUUGAGUGCUGGGAGACCAACAUCGGGGCACCCGGGGUGACCCUGCACUCCUCCUCCUCUCUGAACACCAAAGUGCUGCACGCGCUGGGCGAGAGCUGA